UUUGAUAGCGAUCUCAUAUGAAACUCGAUUACAGCUGUAUCCGAUUUCGCGACCUCCUGUCUCUGUUUAACCUUUUUCUAUUAUCGUUUUCUUGAUUUCUUUCUUUUUUAUAAUUAAUUAUUUAUACUGUUCUUAAUAUCUUUUCUUCGUCAGCUCCUUUUUAUCGCAUUCAGAGCUUUUUUUUUCCCCUUCCUUCCGGACUCCUUUUUCUUCGCCUUUCUCUCCUACUUCUCGGAAAUGCGAGCUCCUUUAGGUUUUCGAUGAUCGGAAGAGAGAUUCUCUACUUCUUUCGAUUGAUCGAGAUCUCCCACCGCUUCAACGGUUGAAUUCCUAGAUAGCUUUUCUUUCUUCGUACAGACGGGAGGCUCUAGUUUGGUCUUCGCGAGAAAAAAAAAAGAAAAAAGAAGAGCUCCCGAUUUUCUUCUUUCGCGGGAAUUCUUCAACGGUUUGGGGAUCGAUCGCGUGGAAAACGAUUUUUUUUUUUUUCUUUUUUUCUUUUCUGUUGGAAAAGAGCUUGCUUUUGAGGGAAAAAAAUGUGAAUUUUUCCUUUUUCUUGUCUCUCGUUCUCUCCCGUCUGUCCAACUUUUUCUUUUCUUGGGGUUUCGGGCUUCGAAAAAGCCUUUGUUUUCGCGUACUGCUGCGUAGUGAUAUCUGCUUUCCUUUGUGCUAUUUUGCGCCGGGGAGGGCUGGUAAAAGACUGCAUAGUUAAAGGUUGGCUUACCAGAUGACUCUCAGUUUGUUAGAAAUGGAGAGAUAUUUGUGACACCAAUGGAUCCACAAGCUUUUGUCAGGUUGUCGGUUGGAUCGCUGGGGCUGAGAAUCCCUGUAGCUGCUUCGAAGGCCAUGAGGGCUGGAAUCCACUCAUCUUCUUCCCCAUGCUUAUGUGAGAUCCAUCUGCAAGGCUUCCCUCUUCAAACGGCAUCAGUCCCCUUAAUUUCGUCCCCUGAAGCUACCCCAGAUCCUCAUAGCAUUGCCACAAGCUUUUAUCUCGAAGAGUCGAGUGUGAAAGCAUUGCUGACACCAGGCUGUUUCAAAGCUCCUCAUGCCUAUUUGGAGAUCACUGUUUUCACAGGGAGGCAGGGGUCACAUUGUGGUGUCAGUAGCAGGAAGCAGCUGAUUGGGACAUUCAGAUUGCAGGUGGGCCCUGAGUGGGGCGAAGGAAAGUCGCUGUUGCUUCACAAUGGGUGGAUUGGCAUUGGCAAGAACAGGCAGGAGGGCGGGAAACCGGGGCCAGAGCUCCAUCUGAGAGUGAAGCUGGAUCCAGAUCCGAGAUAUGUUUUCCAGUUUGAAGAUGAGACUUCGCUGAGUCCCCAGAUUGUUCAGCUUCAAGGCACCAUCAAGCAGCCCAUUUUCAGUUGCAAGUUCAGUCGGGACAGGAGGGCAUCUCAGAUGGACCCAACUAGCAACUACUGGUCAAGCUCCACUGGUGGCAUCGACCAUGAUGCUGAUAGAAUGGAGAGGAAGGGUUGGAAGGUGAUGAUCCAUGACCUCUCUGGCUCUGCUGUUGCGGCUGCUUUCAUGGCGACUCCAUUUGUGCCAUCCACGGGCUAUGACCGUGUUGCUCGCUCCAACCCAGGUGCCUGGCUAAUCCUCCGCCCUGACUCAUGUGGGCCAGAAAGCUGGCAGCCAUGGGGCCGGCUGGAAGCGUGGCGUGAGCGUGGUACCAGAGACUCUGUCUGCUGCCGUCUGCACCUUGUCUCGGAAGGUCAGGAGGCUGGACUUGUAGUGUCAGAGAUCUUGAUCAAUGCUGAAAAGGGUGGGGAGUUCUACAUAGAUAUGGAUAGGCAGACACCGUCUGGGACACCUGCACCAAGCCCACAGAGCAGUGGAGACUUCACAUCUGUGGGGCCUGCCGUGGGGGGAUUUGUCAUGAACUGUAAGGUGCGAGGUGAAGGGAAGAGCAGCAAGCCAUUGGUGCAGCUGGCCAUGCGGCACGUCACGUGUGUGGAGGAUGCAGCCAUCUUCAUGGCACUUGCUGCGGCUGUCGACCUCAGCAUGGAGGCUUGUAGGCCCUUCAGGAGGAAGGCUAAGAGGAGUACCCACCAUUCUUUAUAGCAGAACGUAUGUGAUUGACAGGAACAUGAAAGAGCUUUUCUUCCUGUUAUUUGCAGCAGCACAGCUGGCAUCUUGUACUCACAUAUGCAGAGCCCAUGUAUGAUGGUUGACUUGUGAAAGAGAGUGCCCAAUUGAACUUGUUUUAGUAGCAGAAAAAUGCUGCUUUGAAUUGAAUUGUGCAAUUCACAGCGCCCCAUUCAGUGAUCAGGAGCUGAUCUGGUUGUCUGCUGCACACCUAUGGGUUGCCUCUCAAAAUUGCUGGGAUCAGGUGAUUGUAGCCAUUCGUUUUGUUCAACUUUUGCCUGUUGAAGCGAGGCAUUGCUUCUUUUGUGAGCCAUCCACAGAUUGAUGGUGAUCAUCACCUGAUAAUUGCAUAUUUUAGUUACUACCUUUCA